AACAAUUUGGAUGUGCCCACCAGUGACUUCCACAGCUCCGACUCGUUUGAACCACUUGGUCAUCCAGGGUCUGAGGAUAGCGGUAAAACAUCUCACGCUCGCCUGACCAGUUCAUCCGAAUUGGUCACAGCCACUCUGACCACCUCACUUCCCGGAUCGAGUCCCGGGUCUAGUUCAGUCGCGGUUCCCGUGCCCGGACCAACCGGGGAUUAUCCCGCUCCUGCACCGGCCUCAUCUUUACCACAUCCUUUUAUUCCUUUGCCUGUCCCGCGUACCGGUUCGUUGGCUCUGCACAAAUGUCCUCGAAGUACUCUGUCUCCGUUUGUUCCUUUCAUUGUGGAAUUUUGCGUGACUUUGGUCGAGCGAUACGGUCUAAACUGUGUCGGUUUGUAUCGUUUGUCGGGGAGUAAAGUGGCGCAUGAUUUCAUUUCGACCGAGUUGCGCAAGAAUUUGAACGAAAUAGACGUCACCUCGGACAAAUGGAACGAUAUUCAUGCCAUCUGUGGCGUUUUGAAAACAUUUCUGCGCAAUCUUCCGGAUUCGUUGUUUCCUAAAGGUCAGUCAAGAUACUAG